GAUUUUUUUUCUCUGGGGAGACCGCGGGCUGCGGCGUUCCCCUGGGGGAAGGCAAAGCCCGAUCCGCGGCGGGAGGCGGGAGGGGGCGGGGCAGAGCCCUGCUGACACCCGGCACGGGGCUCAUUCUCGAGGAGAGGAGCCGGGAGAGGCCGGCAGAGCAGCCCCUCGGCCGUCGGGACUCGGAGGGCAGUGGGAUGCCCGGCGGGGCCGCGGGCGCUGCCCGCCUGCUCGGGGCUCUCUGCCUCUGCUUCCACCUGGGGAGCGCGGGGGAUGCCGCGGCGUGGACCCUGGAGAAGUACUCUCACCAACCAAAAAUUUUACCUUCUGAGGCUAUUAAGGAAGUUGCAGCAAACACAGAUGUUUCUGAAAUGUGGGAGAAUGAUUUGCGUCCCAUCCUGAUAGAAAGAUAUCCCGGAUCACCAGGAAGUUAUAUCGUACGACAGCAUAUCAAGAACCGUCUUCAAGGAUUACAGGCAGGUUGGCAAAUUGAAGAAGAUACAUUUCAGAGAUACACACCAUAUGGAUAUCGAACAUUUUCAAAUAUUAUCAGCACUCUCAACCCCUCUGCAAAACGCCAGCUGGUACUUGCUUGCCACUAUGACUCAAAAUUCUUUGGACAACAAAGGCAGGGGAGAGUGUUUGUAGGAGCAACUGAUUCAGCCGUGCCUUGUGCUAUGAUAUUGGAGCUGGCACGUGCCCUGGACAACAAGCUUCAGUUAAUCAAGAUCAGCUCAAUGUCAAGUCCAGACCUUUCGCUUCAGCUCAUUUUCUUUGAUGGUGAAGAAGCCUUUGUCCGGUGGUCCCCUUCUGAUUCCCUCUAUGGAUCUCAACACUUAGCUCAAAAAAUGGCAUCUACUCCACAUCCACCUGGUUCGACAACCACAAAUCAGCUGCAGAGCAUAGACCUGUUUGUUCUACUGGAUUUAAUUGGCGCACCAAACCCAGUCUUUCCCAAUUAUUUUCCAGACACUACUCGAUGGUUUCAGAGGCUUCAAGCAAUUGAGCGAGAGCUGCACAACAUGAAUCUGUUGAAUAAUCACCCUGUUGAAAGGCAGUAUUUCCGGAAUACUUUACAUCGAGGCUUGGUUGAAGAUGACCACAUUCCAUUUUUAAUAAGAGGUGUUCCAGUCCUACAUCUGAUUCCAUCCCCUUUUCCUGCAGUAUGGCAUACCAUGGAGGACACAGAAGAAAAUCUUGACAAAACCACUAUCGACAAUCUCAGCAAAAUCCUGCAAGUGUUUGUACUGGAAUAUUUAAACCUGUGACUGAAAAAACGUCAACAAAUCGUACUCCAUUAUGUGUUUGCCCACCUUCACAUUUGCUAUUUAAAUGCAUUGGAGAGCAGUAAAGCAAAGCAGAACAUAAUGAUAGCUCUUCCUAGACUGAUUAUUGAUUUAGCUGUUCCGGGCCCAGUGUUCCAUGUAGCCAAAUAAGAUAGCAGUAAGUAAGAGGUAGUUUCUUCUGUAAAGAAUUUGGUCUUUACAUGUCUUACCUCUGAAUAAAAAAAUACCAGAAUUUUUCCAUGUUGUUCUCACCUUU